CCUUCCGUGUCCGGGGAGCGGGGGAGCCCGGAUCCCAUGCGCCCCUGCCGCCCCUCUCCGGGCACGUAGCAGCAAGCAGGAAAGGCUUUCCACGGAGGGCGACGCCGGAGACUCCGCGCCUGCGCUCCCGCCGCGUGCUGGACGAGGCUGAAACAGGGUCGGGUCCUCGGCAGUUCAGCGCGGCUUAGGAGGGCGAGUGAACCGGGGCACCGUCUCAGGCUACGUUCUUUUAGGCCCUGCGAUUCAGGCGGGCUUCCUCGGAGCCCAGAAGUGUUCUUCGGAUCAAGGAGAACUUCAGGAAACACCCCAUCUGUCCUCCGAACGGGUGCUUGCAGCCAGAAGACUGAAGGACUGAGUUUGUGGUCAAUUGAUACACAAACUGGAAGCCAUUUCUACAUCCUUGGUUAUAGUCAAAAUUAUCUCUUGGACAAAAAGGGCUGAAUGGACUGCUGGGGUCAUUCCUGCAGCUACAGGAAGGUCCUAUGAAAGAAAAGGCAUUUGGAGAUCCACAGGGUUCCUCAGACCUAUUUGGAGUUGUGUUACAGGACAGAGAAAGAAUGGAGAGACGACCUCUAGCAAGAGAGGGAACUGGAAAAGGCCCUUCUGCUGCUCAGCCUGGGAGCUGUGGGGAGAUCCUGGCAAGAACUGGGCAGAAGACCCUGAAGGAGGAAACCAGCCGUUCAGAAGCUCAGCCCUGGAACUGCAGGAGGGUGCAAUACCAGGAGGCCGAGGGUCCCCGAGGUCUUUGCAGCCGGCUCCACUCCUUGUGUAGUCAAUGGUUGAGACCAGAGAAGCACACCAAAGCGCAGAUGCUGGACCUGGUUGUUCUGGAGCAGUUCCUGGCCCUGCUGCCCCUGCAGAUGGAAAGCUGGGUGCGGGAGUGCGGAGCAGAGACCAGCUGCCAGGCGGUGGCCCUGGCCGAGGGCUUCCUCCUGAGCCGGGCGGAGGAGCAGAAGGAGCAGGUCGGGUUGCAGCCCUUUGCUGUGGAGAUCAGAGAUCCUGCGGGAAGGAGGAAUCCAUCCAAUCCCCCUCCGGAGCAGUUUUUCAGGAGGAUCUCUCAGGAAGAUCCAAGUCAGGACACCUCAGGAGGGAAGAGUAGCACGAAGUUGUCUCCUUCUUACGGUGGAGCUGAAGCAGUGGUUGAACCUGCAACUCAAGAGGGUCCUGUGUCCUUCGAGGAGGUGGCUGUGCGUUUCUCCAAAGAGGAGUGGUCUCUCCUGGGUCCUCACCAAAAAGCCCUGCAUUGGGAAGUCAUGCUGGAGAAUUAUAGGAACGUGGCCUCUCUGGGAAAUAAUGGACAGGAGAAUAAAGAUUCCAAUGAACCAUUCCAAAUGAUACGGCACAGAGACAGAACGGAGCAGCCUGCAAUUCAAAUGGGACUAGAAAAGCAUGAGAGAAACCAGUCAAAGAAUUGGCAUCAGGAAAGCUCCUCUUCCCUUGAUGCUCAGAUGCAAGACUUUCUUGCCCAACAAGGAAAAAUUAAGAAAAAACAUAUUGGGAAAAGUGUAAAACUAUUCAAAGACAAAUUAGACGCACAUGAACCCUAUCCAUCCCAAGCCAAAGGAGAAGAUUAUAUAUGUAGAGACAAUGGAAAAAAUUACAAUUGGACUUUCACUCUUCCUCAUGAAAAUGGGUCCCAUACUUCUCAUAAAAGGAUCCACACAGGAGAGAAGCCAUAUAAAUGCAUGGAGUGUGGAAAGAGCUUCAGAAGCAGUAGUCAACUUACUUCCCAUAACUGGAUCCACACAGGGGAGAAGCCAUAUCAAUGCAUGGAGUGUGGAAAGAGCUUUAGUCGGUGUGGUUCCCUUAGGAGACAUAAAAGGAUCCACACAGGGGAGAAGCCACAUAAAUGCACGGAGUGUGGAAAGGGGUUCUAUGACAAUGCAUCUCGUAUGAAACAUGAAAGGAUCCACACAGGGGAGAAGCCAUAUAAAUGCAUGGACUGUGGAAAGAGGUUUACAUGUAGCAGUCGUCUUAUUUCCCAUAAAAGGAUCCAUACAGGGGAGAAGCCAUAUAAAUGCAGAGAGUGUGGAAAGGGCUUCUGUGAAAAUGCAUCUCGUAUGAAGCAUGAAAGGAUCCACACAGGGGAGAAGCCAUAUAAAUGCACUGAGUGUGGAAAGGGCUUCUGUGAAAAUGCAUCUCGUAUGAAGCAUGAAAGGAUCCACACAGGGGAGAAGCCAUAUAAAUGCAGAGAGUGUGGAAAGGGCUUCUGUGAAAAUGCAUCUCGUAUGAAGCAUGAAAGGGUCCACACAGGGGAGAAGCCAUAUCAAUGCAUAGAGUGUGGAAUGACUUUUACUCAUAACAGUAACCUUACUUCCCAUAAAAGGACCCACACAGGGGAGAAGCCAUAUAAAUGCAUGGAAUGUGGAAAGACCUUUGCUCAGAGCAGCACUCUUACUUUCCAUAAAAAGAUCCACACAGAAGAGAGGCCACAUAAAUGUGUGGAAUGUGGAAAGUGCUUUAGAAUGAGUCGCUCUCUUACUUACCAUAACAGGAUCCACACAGGGGAGAAGCCAUAUAAAUGCAUGGAGUGUGGAAAGGGCUUCCGUGACAAUGCAUCCCUUAGAAGACAUAAAUGGAUCCACACAGGGGAGAAGCCAUAUAAGUGCAUGGAGUGUGGAAGGACCUUUACACAUAACAGUCAACUUAUUCCCCAUAAAAGGAUCCACACAGGGGAGAGACCACAUGAAUGCAAAGAGUGUGGAAAGAGCUUCAGACAUAGUAAUUCCCUUAUUUAUCAAAAAAGAAUCCACACAGGGGAGAAACCAUAUAAAUGCAUGGUGUGUGGAAAGAGCUUUAACAAUAAAAGUCAUCUUACUUCCCAUAAAAGGAUCCACACAGGGGAGAAACCUUACGAAUGUGUGGGAUGUGGAAAGAGCUUCAGGAGGAGCCAUGACCUCAUUUCCCAUACACAGAUCCAUUUGGGAGAGAAGCCAUAUAAAUGUUUGGAAUGUGGAAAGACCUUCAGACGAAGCAGUCAGGUUACUUCCCAUAACUGGAUCCACACAGGAGAGAAACCAUUUAAGUGCAUGGAGUGUGGAAAGGGCUUCUGUGAAAAUACAUCCCUUAUGAGACAUAACAGGAUCCACACAGGGGAGAAGCCGUAUCAAUGUAUGGAUUGUGGGAAAAGUUUCCGUGAUAGCCGUUCCCUUACACCACAUAAAAGGAUCCACACAGGAGUAAAGCCAUACAAAUGCAUGGAGUGUGGAAGGACCUUUACGCAUAACAGUCAGCUUAUUCCCCAUAAAAGGAUCCACACAGGGGAAAAACCAUAUAAAUGCAUGGAGUGUGGAAAGUCUUUUACUAAUAGCAGUCAAGUUACUUCCCAUAAAAGAAUCCACACAGGGGAGAAACCAUACAAAUGCAUGGAGUGUGGAAGGACCUUUACGCAUAACAGUCAACUUAUUCCCCAUAAAAGAAUCCACACAGGAGAGAAACCGUAUAAAUGCAUGGAGUGCGGAAAGACCUUUACUUAUAGCAGUCAACUUACUUCCCAUAAAAGGAUUCACACAGGGGAGAAGCCAUAUAAAUGCAUGGAGUGUGGAAAAAGUUUCAGUGAAAGCCGUUCCCUUGCAUCUCAUAAAAGGAUCCAUACAGGAGAGAAGCCAUAUCAAUGCACCGAGUGUGGAAAGACCUUUACUCAUAGCAGUCAACUUACUCCCCAUAAAAGGAUUCACACAGGGGAGAAGCCAUAUAAAUGCAUGGAGUGUGAAAAGACCUUUACUAAUAAUAGUCAACUUACUUCCCAUAAAAGGACUCACACAGGGGAGAAGCCAUAUAAGUGCAUGGAGUGUGGGAAAAGUUUCAGUGUGAGCCAUUCCCUUGCAUCUCAUAAAAGGAUCCACACAGGAGAGAAACCAUAUAAAUGUGUGCACUGUGGAAAGACCUUUACUAAUUGCAGUCAACUUACUUCCCAUAAAAGGAUCCACACAGGUGGGAAGCCAUAUGAGUGCAUGGAGUGUGGAAAAAGUUUCAGUGAAAGCCGUUCCCUUGCAUCUCAUAAAAGGAUCCACACAGGAGAGAAGCCAUAUCAAUGCACGGAGUGUGGAAAGGCCUUUACUCAUGGCAGUCAACUUAUUCCCCAUAAAAGGAUCCACACAGGAGAGAAACCACAUGAAUGCAAAGAGUGUGGAAAGAACUUCAGACAUAGUAAUUCCCUUACUUAUCAUAAAAGAAUCCACACAGGGGAGAAACCAUAUAAAUGCAUGGAGUGUGGAAAGAGCUUUAACAAUAGCAGUCAUCUUACUUCCCAUAAAAGAAUACAUACGGUGGAGAAGCCAUAUAAGUGCAUAGAGCAUGGAAAGGACUUCUGUGGGAAGGGAGCCCUUAGGAGACAUAAAAGGAUCCACGUACGGAAGACGCCAUAUAAAUGUGUGGAGUGUGGAAAGGGCUUCAGGAGGAGCAGUGACCUCAUUUCCCAUACACAGAUCCAUGUGGUUGGGGAUACUCAGGAGAAUGAGAAUGAAAACAACUCCAGUAUGCUGACAUUGCAAAUGAUCGAGCAAGAAGGGAAACCUUUGGAAAUCAGUGAAAGCCCAAGUAAAAGAGACAGACCUACGAAUGAAAAGGUGUUGGGAGAUUCACAAGAUUCCUCGGACACAUUUGGAGUUGUGUUACAGAACAGAAAAAGAAUGGAGAGACAAACUUUAGCAAGUGAGGGAACUGCUGCUCAGCCUGGGAGCUGUGGGGAGAUCUGGACAACUGGGCAGAAGACCCUGGAGGAGGAAACCAGCCGUUCAGAAGCUCAGCCCUGGAACUGCAGGAAGGUCCAAUAUCAGGAGGCUGAAGAUCUCCAAGGACUUUGCAGCCGGCUCCACUCCUUGUGUAGUCGAUGGUUGAGAGCAGAGAAGCACACCAAAGCGCAGAUGCUGGACCUGGUUGUUCUGGAGCAGUUCCUGGCCCUGCUGCCCCUGCAGGUGGAGCGCUGGGUGCGGGAGUGCGGAGCGGAGACCAGCUGCCAGGCGGUGGCCCUGGCCGAGGGCUUCCUCCUGAGCCAGGCGGAGGAGCAGAAGGAGCAGGUCGGGUUGCAGCCCUUUGCUAUGGAGAUCAGAGAUCCUGAGGGAAGGAGGAAUCCAUCCAAUGCCCCACGGGAGCUGUUUUUCAGGAGGAUCUCUCAGGAAGAUCCAAGUCAGGAUACCUCAGCAGGGAAGACUCGAACAGAGUUGUUUGCUCUUUAUGGUGGAGCUGAAACAGUGGUCACACCUCAAACUCAAGAGGGUCCUGUGUCCUUCAAGGAGGUGACUGUGUGUUUCUCUGAGGAGGAGUGGUCUCGGCUGGAGCCACACCAAAAAGCCCUGCAUCGGGAAGUCAUGCUGGAGAAUUAUAGGAACGUGGCCUCUCUGGGAAAUAAUGGGCAGGAGAAUAAAGAUUCCGGGGAACCAUUCCAAAUGUUCGGGCAUGGAGACGGAACGGAGCAGCCUGCAAUUCAAAUGGAGCUAGAAAAGCAUGAGAGAAACCAGUCAAAGAAUUGGGAUCAGGACAGCUCCUCUUCCAUUGAUUCUCAGAUGCAAGACUUCCUUGCCCAACAAGGAAAAAUUAAGAAAAAAUAUAUUGGGAAAAGUGUAAGAGAAUUCAAAGACAAAUCAGAUAUAAAUGAACACUAUCCAACCCAAACCAAAGGUGAUAAUUAUAUAUGCAGAGAGAAUAGAAAAAAAUCCAAGUGGACUUUCACUCUUUCUUGUGAAAAGUGGUCCCUUACAUGCCAUAAAAAGAUCCACACAGGAGAGAAGCCAUAUAAAUGUUUGGAAUGUGGAAAGACCUUCAGACGAAGCAGUCAGGUUACUUCCCAUAUCUGGAUCCACACAGGGGAGAAGCCAUACAAAUGCAUGGAAUGUGGAAAUGGCUUCAGCCACCACAGUACUCUUACUUCCCAUAAAAGGAUCCACACAGGGGAGAAGCCAUAUAAAUGCGUGGAGUGUGGAAAAACUUUCCGUGAGAGCCGUUGCCUUAAAUCUCAUAAAAGGAUCCAUACAGGAGAGAAGCCAUAUAAGUGCAUGGAGUGUGGAAGGACCUUUACACAUAACAGUCAGCUUAUUCCCCAUAAAAGGAUCCACACGGGGGAAAAACCACAUGAAUGUAGAGAGUGUGGAAAGAGCUUCAGUCAUGGAAAUUCCCUUACCUAUCAUAAAAGGAUCCACACAGGGGAGAAACCAUAUAAAUGCAUGGAGUGUGGAAAGGGCUUCUGUGACAAUGCAUCCCUUAGGAGACAUAAAAGGAUCCACACAGGGGAGAAGCCAUAUACAUGCGUUGAGUGUGGAAAGAGCUUCAAUCACAGUGGUUCCCUUACUUCCCAUAAAAGGAUCCACACAGGGGAGAAACCAUAUAAAUGCUUGGAGUGUGGAAAGAGCUUCAGUCGAUGUGGUUCCCUUACUUCCCAUAAAAGGAUGCACUCAGAGGAGAAACCUUUUAAAUAUUUGGAAUGUGGAAUGAACUUCAGGAGGAACAAUGAUCAAAUGUUCCAUAGAUCAGUUUAUUUGGGCGAGAAUCCAUGUAAAUUCUAGGUUUAGUUGGUUAAAUCUAUGCAUUUCCUAUUUGCUUGUAGUGAACCAGGAAAGGACGGGUCUUUUUUGAGUCUG